GUUGCCCAUGCGGCCCUAGGGCUGGGAGCGCCGCGCCGCGCUGCGCCGCGCUCCGCUGCGGGGAGGCCAUGACGGAACCUUCCCAGGCCUCGACCCCGGCCCCGGCCGCGCAGCCCCGUCCUCUUCAGUCCCCAGCCCCCGCCCCAACUCCGACUCCUACCCUCAGCCCGGCUUCGGCCCCGACUCCGGCUCCCACUCCGGCAUCAGCCCCAGCCCCAGCUACAGCCCCAGCCGGGAGCACAGGGACUGGGGGGCCCGGGGUAGGAAGUGGGGGUACCGGGAGCGGGGGUGAUCCGGCUCGACCUGGCCUGAGCCAGCAGCAGCGCGCCAGCCAGAGGAAGGCGCAAGUCCGGGGGCUGCCGCGCGCCAAGAAGCUUGAGAAGCUAGGGGUCUUCUCGGCUUGCAAGGCCAAUGAAACCUGCAAGUGUAAUGGCUGGAAAAACCCCAAGCCCCCCACUGCACCCCGCAUGGACCUGCAGCAGCCAGCUGCCAACCUGAGCGAGCUGUGCCGCAGCUGUGAGCACCCCUUGGCCGACCACGUGUCCCACCUGGAGAAUGUGUCAGAGGAUGAGAUUAACCGACUCUUGGGGAUGGUGGUGGACGUGGAGAAUCUGUUCAUGUCUGUUCACAAGGAGGAGGAUACGGACACCAAGCAGGUCUAUUUCUACCUCUUCAAGGUGAGCUUCUUCCAACUCCUGCGGAAAUGCAUCCUGCAGAUGACUCGGCCCGUGGUGGAGGGGUCCCUGGGCAGCCCCCCAUUUGAGAAGCCUAAUAUUGAGCAGGGUGUGCUGAACUUUGUGCAGUACAAGUUUAGUCAUCUGGCUCCCCGGGAGCGGCAGACAAUGUUCGAGCUCUCGAAGAUGUUCUUGCUCUGCCUUAACUACUGGAAGCUUGAGACGCCUGCCCAAUUUCGGCAGAGGUCUCAGGCCGAGGACGUGGCUACCUACAAGGUCAAUUAUACCAGAUGGCUCUGUUACUGCCACGUGCCCCAGAGCUGCGAUAGCCUUCCCCGGUACGAGACCACUCACGUCUUUGGGCGGAGCCUUCUCCGCUCCAUCUUCACCGUUACCCGGCGACAGCUGCUGGAGAAGUUCCGGGUGGAGAAGGACAAGCUGGUGCCCGAGAAGAGGACCCUCAUCCUCACCCACUUCCCCAAAUUCCUGUCUAUGCUGGAGGAGGAGAUCUACGGGGCAAACUCUCCAAUCUGGGAGUCGGGCUUCACCAUGCCGCCCUCAGAGGGAACCCAGCUGGUGCCCCGGCCGGCUACAGUCAGCGCUGCGGUUGUUCCCAGCGCCCCCAUCUUCAGUCCCACCAUGGCUGGGGGCAGCAACAGCUCCUUGAGCCUGGAUUCCGGAGGGGCUGAGCCCAUGCCAGCUUCCUCAGCAGGUGAGAAGAGGAAGCUGCCAGAGAACCUGACCCUGGAGGAUGCCAAACGGCUCCGUGUGAUGGGCGACAUCCCCAUGGAGCUCGUCAAUGAGGUCAUGCUCACCAUCACGGAUCCCGCGGCCAUGCUGGGGCCUGAGACGAGCUUGCUGUCGGCCAACGCCGCCCGGGAUGAGACUGCCCGCCUGGAGGAGCGCCGCGGCAUCAUCGAGUUCCACGUCAUCGGCAACUCGCUCACACCCAAGGCCAACCGGCGGGUGUUGCUGUGGCUCGUAGGGCUGCAGAACGUCUUCUCCCACCAGCUGCCCCGCAUGCCCAAGGAGUACAUCGCCCGUCUCGUCUUUGACCCGAAGCACAAGACUCUGGCCUUGAUCAAGGACGGGCGGGUCAUUGGUGGGAUCUGCUUCCGCAUGUUUCCCACCCAGGGCUUCACGGAGAUUGUUUUCUGCGCUGUCACCUCAAAUGAGCAGGUCAAGGGCUAUGGGACUCACCUGAUGAACCACCUGAAGGAGUAUCACAUCAAACACAACAUUCUCUACUUCCUCACCUACGCCGACGAGUACGCCAUUGGCUACUUCAAAAAGCAGGGCUUCUCCAAGGACAUCAAGGUGCCCAAGAGCCGCUACUUGGGCUACAUUAAGGACUAUGAGGGCGCGACACUGAUGGAGUGUGAGCUGAACCCGCGAAUUCCCUACACGGAGCUGUCCCACAUCAUCAAGAAGCAGAAGGAGGUGUGUGUGCAUGUGUGUGCGUGUACUCGCACACACACGCACGUCUCCAUGGGGCUUUUCAUGAACGUGCACUUGAGGAUCAUCAAGAAGCUGAUUGAGCGCAAACAGGCACAGAUCCGAAAGGUCUACCCCGGGCUCAGUUGCUUCAAGGAGGGUGUGAGGCAGAUCCCUGUGGAGAGCGUCCCCGGCAUUCGAGAGACGGGCUGGAAGCCGCUGGGGAAGGAGAAGGGGAAGGAGCUGAAGGACCCAGACCAGCUCUACAUGACCCUCAAAAACCUGCUGGCCCAGAUCAAGUCCCACCCCAGUGCCUGGCCCUUCAUGGAGCCCGUGAAGAAGUCGGAGGCCCCAGACUACUACGAGGUCAUCCGCUUCCCCAUCGACCUGAAGACCAUGACGGAGAGGCUGCGCAGCCGCUACUAUGUGACCCGGAAGCUCUUUGUAGCUGACCUGCAGCGGGUCAUCGCUAACUGCCGCGAGUACAACCCCCCGGACAGCGAGUACUGCCGCUGCGCCAGCGCCCUGGAGAAGUUCUUUUACUUCAAGCUCAAGGAGGGCGGGCUCAUUGACAAGUAGUCUGGCUUUGGACCUCGGCCUCAACCUGGAAUGCCUCCACCUCGGCUUCUGAUCUAAUCCCUGGGGUGCCCUUGUGCCCGGGUCUGCCUCAGUUUGAGACACUCCAGCCAGGGGCCCUCCAGCCCCUGAUCCUGCAGCCGUUUCAGGGCCCUGGGACACCCCCAAGCCUGCAGCUCUGUCCCACCCUUCAUUGUGUCUGACCUUGGGAAGGGGUCUCUCAGGUCUGGGGUUCAGCCCCUCUAAGAGUGGCUGGUGGCCAGAGGAUGAACCCUGUCCAGCCCUGGUGGCCCCCAGUCCUGCCUGAUCCCCCCUUCUCCCCACCCCCCCCCCCCCCCCCCCCCCCACACACACACACACUCCCCCAAGCUAUGGAGUUUUGGAGUCCUGGCCCUGGCCCCCUCAAGGGCAGGAUUGCCAACUUUAGCUUGAGUGAGGGGGCUUCAGGGGUUGGAAGUUCAACCUGGACUGGAGGGGCCGUGCCUCAUCCUGCACUGUUCUGUUUGUCCCCCAGGGGUGGGGGGCAUGGGGACCAUUCAUUUCCUGGCAUUAAUCCCUUGGAGGGAACAAUAAAGUUUUGGGGUUUUUAUUCUCA